AUGUCAAUGGACGAUAGAAUUUCAGCUGCGGAUGCAAAUCUUAGGCAAACAAGAGGUUCGUCGGCGCAACUUGGCGUGCAACCAGUUCCUGGAUUAGAGGUGCAGAAGAGAAAGAAGAGAGGCGGAGGAGUCGAGGAUACAAUCGAUGAAGUAGAGGAAGGUGGGGGCGGUCAAGAAACAAACAAGGUAGGGGGUGGACAGGUUGGCAAUGGUUCAGGUGGUCAGAGAGCAAAUCCUCAGUUGAUGCAAGUAGGUGGAGACCAAGGUCAAAAAGGUCUGAUGGACUCGGAUGAUGACCACGAGUCAUAUAAACCGGGUGCUGAUAAAGGCAAAGGCCCAGGUGGAGAGGAGUCGGAAGGAGAUGAGCUAGCAAGCAAAAGCUUAGGUAAGGGAAUUCUCUACUAA